CCGAUCCAUCUCAGCCCUCGACCAUUGGAAGCACCUCUUCCCUGGAACCUGAUUCAUUAAAACCCUCUCGCAGGACGACAUUCGACUUCCCACGACUUCCGCUUUCGGCUUGCGCCAAGUUGGUGCUCUGGAGUACCACCCUUCGAUUUGACCGCCUCGAUUACUACGUCUUCUCCGCAUUACUACAUAAAAUAUUUGACAGAUCCCCUCCGUGGCAGUUAAUGAUAUUGUUGUCAUCGGACACGGCUCGGUCAAUAUGCGAUUAUCCUCCAUCCUCUUCGGGCUUUUCCUCGCCUUGCUCAACGCCCUGCAGGUGAAUGCCAUUAAAUUGAUCGAAUCUAGCGCCCUGAACUUAUGCCAAGCGAGCAACAACUUUACUGUCACCUACUUCAGCGUCGUAUUCACUCCCGGCAAUCGCUCACUCGCCUUCAGUUUCGAUGGAGUUUCAGCAAUUUCCGGCUACGUCACUGCGGAAUUGCAGCUCACAGCCUACGGCAUCAGUGUUUUGUCAGAGACCCUGGACCCAUGUGAAAUGGGCAUCGCAGGCCUUUGUCCUAUGAAUACCGGUGCCAUUGAUGUUGCCAAAGCUACCCUGGACAUCCCCGAGUCGGUGAUCAAAGAUAUCCCAGGCAUCGCCUAUACUGUUCCCGAUCUCGACGCUAGUGUGCGUAUCUACAUCAAUUCCACGUCAACGAACUCCAGCAUCACCUGCAUGGAGGCAGAGCUUUCAAACGGCCAGACGGUUUAUCAAAAGGGUGUCGGCUGGGCAACUGCCGUCAUCUCCGGAUUAGGUCUCGCCGCCUCUGCCAUCACAUCGGGAUUGGGGCACUCAAACACUGCAGCCCAUGUCGCAGCCAAUGCCCUUUCCCUGUUCAGCUUCAUGCAGUCUCAGGCCAUGAUUGGCAUGACAUCGGUACAUAUGCCCCCGAUUGUUGAAGCUUGGACCCAAAACUUCCAGUGGAGUAUGGGUAUCAUCCAUGUCGGCUUUCUGGAGGAUAUUUGUACUUGGUAUCAGAGAGCCACCGGAGGUACCGCUGCGACGCUACUAUCGAGUCUGUCGACAACUUCGGUCGCAACCUACAGACGUAGAAAGCGUGACCUCGAGCUUGAAGAACAAGGCAUUUUCAGACGAGCUAGCGGCUAUCUGAAUUAUAUGCACAAGCGCGCUUCAGGGAACAGCAAGACAGCGACCGACUCUACCGUCAUUGUACGAGGUAUCGAGCGUGUUGGCUUCAAGGCCAAAAUCGAAUCGACGAACAUCUUCAUGACUGGUCUCAUUUUCUUUGUUGUCUUCGUUGCUCUGGUUAUGAUCAUGGUCGGCCUUUUCAAGCUUGGCUGUGAACUAUUGGCCAAGCAGGGCAGGAUGAAGAGCAACAAGUUCCAGGACUUCCGGAACGGCUGGAAAGUGGUAGCCCGUGGCAUUCUCUUCCGGCUGACGCUGAUCGGCUUUCCCCAAAUGGCUGUUUUGUGUCUAUGGGAGCUCACCCAGCGGGACUCGGCAGCGGAGGUGGUUCUGGCCAUCGUCAUGUUCCUGUCGGUGGUCGCCGCUCUGGGUUGGGCAUCUCUCAAGGUGCUUCGGCUAGCAAACCGAUCAACUGUGAUGCACAAAAAUCCGGCCUAUAUUCUCUUCUCUGACCCGACCUGCCUGAACAAGUGGGGUUUCUUGUAUGUGCAGUAUCGCGCAACUGCAUACUACUUCAUUCUUCCUUUCCUCGGUUAUAUCUUCGUCAAGGGCAUGUUCAUCGGCUUGAGUCAGCCGGCUCCUGUCGUCCAGACUAUUGCCUUGGUUAUUAUCGAAGCCUGCAUGCUUAUCGCCGUCAGUGUGCUGCGUCCGUGGAUGGACAAGAAAACCAACAUCUACAACAUCGCCAUCGCUGCUAUCAACUUCCUUAACGUCAUCUUCCUCCUCUUCUUCUCGAAUGUCUUCAAUCAACCCGGCAUUGUUACUGGUGUCAUGGGAGUCGUGUUCUUCGUGAUCAACGCCAUCUUCGCCCUUGUGCUCUUGAUUAUGGUGUUGGUCGCUUCUAUCUACGCCAUUGUAUCCAAGAACCCGGACACACGCUAUCAGCCGAUGAGGGAUGACCGGGGUUCAUUCAUCAAGUCGGGCAGCCAGCUGACGACCGAACUGGACGCUUUGGGUGCGACGGCACGUGGCGACAUGAAGAACUCGCCCUAUAAGUCUAGCCCGUUCGAAGAUGAUAACGCGUCUUUCUCCAGCGGUAACGGGGCCAGUGUCAGCCGUCAGAACCUCGAGGCUCCUGAGCCCUCGCCGAACCACGCUGCGCGCUCGCCGGCCUCCCCUGUGGACCCUUCGUUGCCGCUAUUUCCCAGCGACAACCGCAACGGUUCGCACGACGCCAAUUUCGGACGAUCACCAUCGCCUGUUCCGCGUGGCUACACCUCCUCUCCCAUGCAAAACCCACACGCAUACCGACAACAAAACAACCCGAGUCCAUGGCAAAGAGGGGCGGGAUAUGAUCACUGAAGUUGAAUAAUUCACCUGAAUUGCUUUCUAGCCUUGCUUGUGAUGAAGUUAUGGCCUUGUGUGUGUGCGCGUGCGGGGAGAAGGCAUGGAUUGACUCCUAUUCUACUCUAUUCACGAGCCAUUCUAGCUUUCUACUACCUAUACAAUUCUUCCCGCACCAGGUGCGUUGGGUUUUUCUUGCUUCUCUGACUUUUACCUUCAUCCAUCUUCUCUGUUAUCAUGUUUUUUGCCUACAUCUCUUGUCAUAUGCUGUGAUAUACCAGAGAGCCCCCUCCCGCCCCUUUUUCCUCUCUC